GUCACUCGAUCUCCGUCCGAUGCUAGCACAAUUCGCUCCGUGCAAGUACGUCAGUCACCACUACCUACCCUCGCGACCUGCUCCUCCACGGGCCACCAUGGCAAGCUCUCGUGCCUGCCAACGAUAAGAUCUUCUACCCUCUGCUGCCAUGUCACCGUCCUUGUCCGCGAGGCUCUUGAGGCCGGCCCUCUCAGCCUCUUCACCCCUUCGGCAGGCCCUUUGGUUCGGCUCAGCCUCGCCAGCUCGACCACGGCGCCUCCCUCACCCACCGACAUCGGCUUGUCCUAGAUCCUACGCCUCAAGAGCGACAGUCUCAGCCUCAGAGCUCCUCUUCGGUCAGCCUGUCCAUGAGACACAUCCGCAUCUUCUACGCCCUGGCGAGCUGACGCCCGGCAUCUCUGCGCAGGAAUACCAUGAACGCCGUGCUGCCCUGUGCCGCAACCUUCCGUCAAACUCGGCCGUCCUUCUCCCAUCCGCCGCCGUAACCUACCGCUCUGGCGCCGUUUUUCAUGCCUUCCGCCAAGAAUCGAAUUUUCUUUACCUCACAGGAUUCUCCGAGCCUGACUCACUCGCUGUCCUGCGCAAAGAGGGGCCCGCCGCGGACGACUACGUCUUUCACCUCUUCUGCCGGCCAAAAAACCCAAAAGCUGAACAAUGGACGGGCCCUUGGAGCGGACUGGACGCAGCUAGGGACGUGUGGAAUGCCGACGAGGUUGCCGAUAUCGCCAAGAUCGAGGCUGUCUUGCCUGAUGUGCUCAAUGGAGUUACCAAGAUCUACACCGAUGCCGAGUUGACCAAGUCUGGAGUCCCGACAAAACUUGGGAACGUUGUGCGCGCCGCUGCAGACAAUAUUCCAACUGCCGCCCUGAGACAGCAUGUCAAUGCUCUACGAGCCAUCAAGUCGCCGGCCGAGAUUGCCAACAUGCGCCAUGCCGGACAGGAGUCGGGGCGUGCCUUGACCGCAGCCAUGAGCCAGCACUGGGAAUAUGAGAAAGACCUUGCGGCAUUCCUCGACUACCAGUACCAGACCAGAGGCCUUGACGGUCAUGCCUAUAUCCCCGUCAUUGCUGGAGGCCCAAAGGCACUGCUCAUCCACUACGUUCUGAAUAACGGAAUACUCAAUGAUGACGAGUUCAUCCUGGUCGACUCUGGUGGCGAAUACGGCACAUAUAUCACCGACAUCACUCGAACGUGGCCAGCAUCGGGCAAAUUCUCUCCUGCGCAAAAGGACCUAUAUAACGCCGUCCUCAAAGCACAGCGUGCAUCGGUGUCUCUGUGCCGCGCGAGCGCCAACAUGACGCUCGACAAGAUCCACCACAUUACCGACACAGCCCUACGGGACCAGCUCCAGGCCCUGGGCUUCCAGCUCAAAGGCAAUGAAAUGAGCGUUUUGUUCCCGCACCAUGUUGGGCACUACAUUGGUCUCGACGUACAUGACACCCCAGGCUAUUCGAGGGGCGAGGUGCUGCGUGAGGGUCACUGUGUCACUAUCGAGCCAGGCAUUUACGUCCCCGACGACGACCGGUUCCCGCCUGCAUUCCGCGGCUUGGGGGUCCGGAUCGAAGACAGUGUCUGCGUUGGUGAGGAGAACCCUCUUAUCCUUACCACGGAGGCUGUCAAGGAGGUCGACGACAUCGAGGCACUCCGAAGUUGAAGGGCACGUCAUGGUGACACGAGUGUCAUAUAGCAACACUAGAUGCAAUAACCAACGUGAAAGCGGUAUGGCGUAGGACAUGACAUGUGGAACUUGUCAUGAUUGUAGAAUAGCUAUAUAUCCUACUCUUAGGAAACAAGGGCACAAAGAGGCACCUUUAUCUCACUUUG